AUGUUGCGAUCAGCCCUCCUUGCCGUGGCAGCGGUGCUGUCGAAUGUGGCCUAUGGUGCUCUCACCUACAAGGGAGCCGACAUCAGCUCCCUCAUCAUGCUGGAGAAUCAAGGAAAGAGCUUCAAAACUACAGCCGGAGUUACCCAGCCUCUCGAGGUCAUCCUCAAGCAGUCUGGAGCAAACUCGGUCCGUCAAAGAGUUUGGGUUAACCCUGCAGAUGGCAGCUAUAAUCUCGACUACAAUGUGAAACUGUCCAAGCGUGUUGUCAACCAAGGCAUGAGCGUAUACCUGGACCUCCACUACUCGGACACUUGGGCAGACCCGUCUCACCAGACCACUCCUGCGAAGUGGGAUGACAGCACCAUCGGUCAGCUCAAGUAUACAGUGUACAACUACACACUGGCAGUAUGCAACCGCUACGCAGCCGAAGGCAUCAACCCUGCCAUCAUUUCGAUUGGCAAUGAAAUCAGAGCUGGUUUGCUGUGGCCUUUAGGUGGAACAUCCUCUUACUACAACAUUGCCGAUCUCCUUCACUCUGCUUCAUCUGGAAUCAAAGACUCUAGGUUAUCCAAGAAGCCUCAGAUCAUGAUCCAUCUCGACAAUGGCUGGGAUUCCGGCACUCAACUCUGGUGGUACAAGACCAUCCUCGGACAGGGACCUCUAAAGUCGACCGAUUUUGACAUGAUCGGUGUAAGCUACUACCCCUUCUACAAUGAGAAGGCAUACCUUGGUAGUCUGAAGUACUCUCUCCAGCAACUUGCAUCUACAUACGGCAAGAGUUUGGUAGUAGCCGAGACAAAUUGGCCUGCCAAGUGCAGCAAGCCUGCAUACAAAUUCCCUUCGGAUGCCACCUACAUCCCCUUCUCAUCAGCUGGACAGGAGGAGUGGAUUGAGGCAGUCGGAAAGAUUGUAGCUGGUGUUUCGGGUGGAGCUGGUCUCUACUAUUGGGAGCCAGCUUUCUUGGGCAAUGCAGGGCUUGGAUCGAGCUGUGAGGACAACCUGCUGGUCGACAGCAACGGCAAAGCAACAGUUGGCAUGUCUGCUUUCAAGAACAUUUAA